AUGGAGAAAAGGGAGCCUGCUAUACAGAAUGUUGGUGCUCCAGUAACUCCAGAAAAGCCCCCGCCUCUGUCAGCAAGGCCACAACCGGUCUAUGUUAAAAGGUUCUCGGAACAUGGUUCACAAAGUUUUCUGGGAAGAAUCGCAGCAGAAGAGGCUCGAGAUCCCAUUUGUGCAGUUAUUACUGCCGCGACUUCCACAAGCAAGAAUGAGCAUCCCAACAAUAGCAAGUAUUUGGAAACUGGUGCUGGUUUUCAGAUAGAUUUGAAAGAAAGCAUCUAUGACUGGAACGACAAUUCUACCGCUUCUGUUCAUGGUACUCAAAUCUUCGGAGACUCAGGAGGUCUUUCCGAAGAGGGUUUUCAAUCUGAAAACCAUAAUCUUUUGUCUAUUCCAGACCUGGAGGAGAGUGAUAGAUACAGAGAAAAAUGUUGUGUGCUUCCUUAUGGUAAAGAGCAAGAUGCAGAACAUGGUACAAUCUCUCGUAUGAAUUAUGAGAAGCUUGAUCAUAUUGGGUGCUCAAAGCCAGUUGAGCAAGUUGCGAUUUCGACUCCAUUGCCAAAGAAAAGUGGCAGCAAAAGACCAAGAAAUGGCAUGGAUCAGAACAAAAGGCCAGUGAAGAAACCCAAGAGGAAGAAACAUAGAACGAAAGUAGCCGUUGAAGGUAAACCAAAACGAACUCCCAAAAAGAUGCCAAAGCUUGCAACUCCGAAAUGUAUGCAAGAGACAAAGGAGAAGAGGAAGUGUGUUGAGAAAGAUGCAACUCCGAAAUGUAUGCAAGACACAAAAGAGAAGAGGAGGUGUGUUAAGAAAGAUGCAACUCCGAAAUGCAUGCAAGAGAAAAAGGAGAAGAGGAAGUAUAUUAAAAAAGCUCCUCCUCCUCUCAGAAAUAGCCAAGAGAGUUCAGUGAGAGAGCAUCAUAAGGAAGUUGCUGAAAUUCCAAAGAUGGAAAAUCUGCCAGUUGAUGAAAACAAGAUGGCUAUGGUUAGUAAUGUCAACCGUGAUUUGAAAGAUGACAAUAAAGAUUCGACUAUGCAGCCUGACAUGGAUAACAAUAGUGGAUCAAUGGUUUUGUUGAGUGAUGAUAAAUUGGGGUUCAAGUCAAAUGAAAAUGAACUAAGAUGGAACGUUCGUGCAAUGAGGUCUGCAGGAAAAUUUUGGCCGAAACCUGGUUGUCAAUAUAAUUCAUUACAGGCUUAUAGAAGGGUAUUUAGAGUAGACUCCUGUCUCGGCAAUAGCAGAGAGGUUGGGCCUAAUGUUCCUAAAAGAUGCAUGAAAAAAAUGAUCAAGAGGAGGCGUAAAUUGAACCUGUUCAGCUCUUUAUGGUCGUCUCACUUUAGUUGCCAUGAAAGAAAGAAGAGAUCUAAGGUGUUUACUCCAAGAGUCGAUCUCACUUCUCUCAAUGCAAGAUUCGCAGAGAAAGAGAAGGAUUUAGUGACAGCUCCUCGGGAUCAUAUAACCGACAAAUUAAAGGGAGAAAACCGCGAAACUCUAGCAGAGGGAUGCAUUGAGGAAGGGCUUUGUCUUAAACAAGCUCUAACCAAUGAAGUUAAUGGAGUUCAAAUAGUCUGUGAGGCUAAAGCACCAAGCUGCUCUGAGAUGAGACCCUCUGCUGCAAAAUCAAAGUUUGAAGAUGGCAAAAGCAAACAACAGUCCCGGAAAAAGAAGAUCCGAAUCACCGACAAAUCAAUAAAAUCUGGACCGAAACUUUUCGAUGACGAAAGUGGGAUUCUUCUUAAGACAGUUAAGCAUGCUGUAAUGGAUAAACUUGGUGAUCUACUGCGGAAUUCAAGCAUCAAUGACAAUAAGAGUGAAAAAAGGGGUCCUGGCAGACCAAAAAGUAAACCGGAACAUGUAGUUGACGGACAGAAUGCUUUAAUUCCCUAUUGGGGUCGUGGAAGAGCAAGACAUGAAGUUGAUCUGGAUCCAGAGUCAUUGAGAAGGUGGAACCAACUAAUGAAAAUAGAUAGUGGAGAGGGUGAAGAAGAGGAUGGAAAAAGUAAAGAAUGGUGGCAAAGAGAAAAAAUAACUUUCAAUGGACGAAUAGAUGCGUUUACUUCUCGGUCGCAUCAGUUUCUAGGUGAUAGGAGAUUCAGACAGUGGAAAGGUUCUGUUGUGGACUCAGUGGUAGGAGUUUUCCUAACCCAAAAUGUGUCAGACCACCUAUCAAGUGCUGCAUACAUGUCACUUGUUGAAAAUUUUCCAGUUCAGUCAACGAGUAAUCAACAAGCGUCGAUGACCAUAGAUGGCCAAAAAUCAAUUGAGAGCAGCAUGACAUGCAUUGGAGCAACUUAUGAUGCAGAUGGAAACCGAUAUUUUGUCACAGAAGUACCUGAACCAGAUAUGAAUCACGGGUCCAAAGAUUUACCAGCCGAAAAGGAUACGUGCUUGCUUCAAGAAGAGGAGCAAGGACAGAAUGGUGUUGUGAGAUCAGAAUCUGAACCAGAUAUGAAUCGUGGACCCAAAGAUUUACCCGCCGAAAGGGCUAUAUGCUUGCUCCAGGAAGAGGUGCAUAGACAGAAUGGUAUUGUGAGAUCAGAACCUGAACCAGAUAUGAAUCUUGUGUCUCAAUAUUUACUUGUUGAAAAUCCUAUGUGCUUGCCUCGUGAAGUGGUGCGAAGACAGCCUCAAAAUUUACCAACCGAGCAGCCUAUAUGUUUGCCUCGUGAAGUGGUGAAAAGACAGAGCGGGAAUGAAACUGAAAAGAAAAACAGAAGCCCGAAUAGGAAAACAGCUUCUAAGGAGACUAAAAAGACAAUUCCGAGAGGGAAGAAUAAAAUUGUUAAAGAUGUGGUACUUAGAAGGAGGAACUGGGAGAGUUUAGGAAAGAUCUAUUCUAGACCAAGAAGCAAGGAUCAGAUGGAUUCGGUGGAUUGGGAGGCAGUAAGACAAGCAGAAACCAGCAAAGUUGCCAGCAUCAUCGAAGGACGUGGUCAGCAAACUAUUAUUGCGGGAAGAAUCAAGCAAUUUCUGGAUCGAGUUGUUGACAUGCAUAAAAGCAUAGAUCUCGAAUGGUUACGAUAUGCUCCACCUGAUGAUGUGAAGGAUUACCUGUUGGAGUUCAUGGGAUUGGGCUUGAAAAGCGUUGAAUGUGUACGACUUUUGUCUCUUCAACAGGUUGCCUUUCCGGUUGAUGUAAAUGUUGCUCGGAUAGCGGUUCGCUUAGGAUGGGUUCCCCUGAAAGCACUCCCUGGAAGCCUUCAGUUCCACCUUAUAGAAGAGUUUCCGAUAUUGGACACCAUUCAGAAAUACCUUUGGCCCCGACUAUGCGAGCUUGACCAUAGAACACUCUGCUUUUUCGUGGUAACCAAGAAACAAUUACUGACUCCAUAUGCUUGCCGAAGCAGCUAUGAACUGCACUAUCAGAUGAUAACCUUUGGAAAGGUAUUCUGCACAAAGGAAAACCCAAGGUGCCAUGCUUGUCCAUUGAAAGCAGAAUGCAGACAUCAUGCUAGUGCACAAGCAAGUGCUGUCAAUCUUUCCCUACCAGGACCGUCAAAGAAAAGUGUGGACCAAUCAAUUGUUACCAGCAAGCCUAGUAGAAAUUCUAGUUCACUUAGAAACAAUUGUGAUGUCGAAAAUCCAAUGUCAGUUACCCUUUUAGAUGCCAACAGAACUACAGAAUCUGGUCGAGAUGUUCACACUUGCAAACCCACAGUUGAAGAGCCAAAAUCACCACAACAAGAAGAGGACAUUGAAGAUUUUUCAUGGGAUGGAUGUAUUGAAGAUGAAGAGAUCCCCACUAUCAAACUCAAUCGUGAAGAGUUCAACCCAGAUGGGAAAAAGUCUCCAUACAGCAAUUCUAUGUCGCAAGCUUUAGUUUCUGUGGGGACUCCUCCAUUGUCAGCACCUAAAAUGAAGCGUGUGACCUCUUUGCGGACUGAACAUCAAGUGUAUGAACUUCCAGAUAAUCAUGAGAUUUUGGUUGGGCUAGACAAACGGGAAAGGGAUGAUUCAGUACCUUACCUUCUCGCUAUAUGGCAACCAGGUGAAACUCCGAAUUCAAGCCAGCAACCUGAGAAAUUAUGCAGCUCGCAAGGAUCACACCUCUGUGAACAGAAAACAUGUUUUGCUUGUGAAGGUAUUCGAGAACAACAAGCUGGUAUAGUUCGUGGAACGAUUUUGAUACCAUGCAGGACAGCUCUGAAGGGAAGCUUUCCACUCAAUGGCACAUAUUUUCAAGUUAACGAGGUAUUUGCUGAUCACAAAUCUAGUUAUGGCCCCAUUAUUGUUCCCAGAGAAUUGCUAUGGAACCUCGUAAAGAGGACUUUAUAUGUUGGCUCGUCAACAAAAUCAAUAUUUAGAGAUUUGUCAUUAAAGGAGAUUCACCAAAACUUUUGGACAGGUUUUACUUGUGUGAAAGCAUUCGAGCGAGGAACAGGUGCUCCAAAACCUCUUGCAAGGAGAUUCCACUGUUCAGCAAGCAAGAUGGAGAAGGAAGGAAGGAAAAAAUCAGGUGCUGUAAGAGAUGAUGCUAAAGCAAUCACGCUAAAGAAUGCCUUAUAGUUUGAACCAAUAUUUGCAUUCGUUCUCUUAUUCUAGUUGAAACUUGAACAUGAUCCGUUUGUUUUCCAAAAAUAUUAUAUAGUUUGUCGCAACAAGAGCAUGCAUGUCUGAAAAAAAACCAGAAAACAUACAACUUUAGAUUGUAAGCAUGACUAAAAACAUAUAAAGAUACUGGCAUUAAAGAUACUGGCAUUAAUUAUUUAUAAUCUAAAGCGUUAGGGUGAA